AUGGCUUCAUCAGAAGAUCCCCAGUCGCAGGAUAAACCUGUGCCCAAGGGUGCCAUAACAAUUUCCCAAAUCAAUGCGGACGAAAUCACCUUCCUAGCCAAUCGUUACUGGGCACCGGAUACGGCCAGCACGCACGAACCGUACGAUGCGCAGGUUAUCGAGGACGUUUAUCGGACGGAAAUAUGGCCGCGACAUUCGUUGCGCCGUAUCAUGAUGCUGGAGUUUAGCCAAUACCUGGAGAACUAUUUGUGGCCCAAUUUUGACGGCGACAAGUCGAGCCGAGCCCACCUGAUGUCGAUAGUGGCGAUGGUGAACGCGAAAUUUCGCGAAAAAGUGGAAGUGUGGAAAGUGUUUGAAGAGAAGCCGGAGCGGUUUGCGGAGUUUUUCCAGCGUGUGCUCGAGGCGUGUACCGAGGAACAUCAAGCUGUAACACCAAUGUUGAUGCGGGAACAAACGGCGCUGCUUGUGCUGUUAAAUCAUUGCUUCAAUAGCAUGGAAGUCGAGCUCUGUCGCAAUCAGGCCAAACGUCUGGUUUCGCUGACGAUGUGGGUCUGUCUGCAGCCAAAACGGCGCGAGCAAGAGCUCAAUCAGAUCCCCGAAUGGUGCAAGUUUUGGAGGAAGCUACAAAAACGAGAAAAACCGGAACAAACCGCCAAGCUGGAGUGGGAACGGCAUUUUUUACAGAAUCUUAUGGUCAAGUUCAUACACAUCCUUGAAACCAUUGGUCGGGAGGGGCCGAUUUGUGUGGAGACAGUGCAUUAUUGUGAAAGGUUCGUGGAAUUUUUAAUCGAUCUCGAGGCGCUCUUACCUACGAGACGGUUUUUCAACACGGUCAUGGAUGAUUGCCAUGUGGUUGUGCGUUGUGCCCUGUCGUCCCUAGUCCGCCGGGAGGAAGGAAAUCUUUUUGCUCAGCUGCUGGAUAUGCUCAAGUUUUACGCCCGUUUCGAGAUAAACGACGAAACCGGAGACCCGCUGACCGACCACGAUAUGACGCAGAUUCACUACGAGAAGAUUAAAUCCCUGCAGAAGGCCGCGUUCGCCAAGUUCCCGAAUCUGCGGCUCUUCGCACUGUCCAACGUGGCGACGGUCGAUACGCGCGAGUCCCUGGAGAAGCACUUUGGGGCGCUCAGUAACGAAAGCUUGCGCGAGAUCGCCCGCUACCUGAACCUGAUCCCGGACGAGCCCGGCAAACCGCCGUUCCAGUGGCACCGAACGGACGAAGAGUUCCUGCGGGAACUGCUCAUCUCGCGCCACGAAAGGCGCGUGUCGCAGCUGGAGUCGCUUAACGAGAUGCCGCUCUAUCCGACCGAAGCCAUCAUCUGGAACGAGAACAUCGUCCCGACGGAGUUUUACUCCGGCGAAGGAUGUCUCGCGCUACCGAAACUUAACCUCCAGUUCCUCACGCUCCACGACUAUCUGUUGCGUAAUUUUAAUCUCUUCCGACUGGAGUCGACCUAUGAAAUCCGUCAGGACAUCGAGGAUGCGGUCAGUCGAAUGUUGCCGUGGAAAUCGGAAGACGGUGACGUGGUCUUUGGUGGCUGGGCCCGCAUGGCUCUCCCGGUUCAAUCGUUCGCCGUGGUGGAAGUGUCGAAGCCGCACAUUGGCGAAAAGAAGCCCUCGCGGGUACGGGCCGACGUUAGCGUGACGCUCAACGUGCGCAAAGAGGUACAGGAGGAGUGGGAAAACCUUCGCAAGCACGACGUUUGCUUCCUGGUUACGGUACGACCGACGCAACCGAUCGGCACGAAGUACGACUACCGGGAGUGCUUCGUGCCGCAGGUGGGCCUGACGCACGUUCGGGGCUGCGAGAUCGAAGGAAUGCUUGACGCGAACGGGCGCGUCAUCGAGGAGGGGAUCGAACAGCGGCCGCAGCUCCCGGGCGAACAGAGGACGUUCCGCGUGUGGCUCGAUUCGAACCAGUACCGAAAGGACAUGGAUAAGGCGGAGGAGGAGGGCGAUGACGGUGGCCAGGAAGACGUGUACGAGGGGUUCAACAUUCUGAUGCGCCGCAAGCCGAAGGAGAACAACUUCAAGGCUGUGCUGGAAACGAUCCGCCAUCUAAUGAACACCGAGUGCGUGGUUCCUCCGUGGCUUCACGACAUUCUGCUCGGUUACGGUGAUCCAGGAGCGGCCCACUACAGCUGCAUGCCCGACCAGGCCCGGGUGCUCGAUUUUAAUGAUACCUUCCUGGACUGUGAGCACGUGACCGGCAGCUUCCCGGGGUACGAGAUUGCGUGCGACAAUCGCACGGUGCAGCCACCGUUUCGACUGACGUUCGAGGAUGUACCGGAGGAAGAGGACUCCGACGACGGCGAGGAACGGCAGUCGGAGUCGGCACCACUUCCGAAGCGGGUACGUGUCGAAUCGUACCGCAUUCCGAAACGCGGCCCGUACAAAUACAAUGAACCGAAGAAGAACGCCAUCCGCUUCACGCCGACCCAGAUCGAGGCGAUUCGGGCGGGAAUGCAGCCCGGGCUGACGCUCGUGGUCGGUCCACCCGGUACGGGUAAGACGGACGUGGCGGUCCAGAUUAUCUCCAAUCUGUACCAUAAUCACCCGCAGCAGCGCACCCUGAUCGUGACGCACUCGAAUCAGGCCCUCAACCAGCUGUUCGAGAAGAUCAUGGCGCUCGAUAUCGACGAGCGGCAUCUGCUCCGUCUCGGUCACGGCGAGGAAUCGCUCGAAACGGAAAAGGACUACAGUCGGUACGGACGUGUCAAUUACGUGCUCGCGAAACGUAUCGAUCUGCUCGGGCAGGUCCAGCAGCUACAGGAAUCGCUCGGAGUGCGCGGUGACGUGGCGUACACUUGCGAGACGGCGGGACACUUCUACCUCUACCACGUGGUCGCUCGGUGGGAGAAGUUCUUGAACGAUUUCGAGCGACGCGACGCAGGAACGAACGGCCACGAAGCGACCGAUGCUUCCCGGGAGCAGUUCGAGCAACAGUUCCCAUUCACUCGCUUUUUCCGAGACGCACCGCAACCCCUGUUUGGGGGGGCGACGUACGAAGAAAACAUGGAAACGGCCCACAGUUGCUUCCGGUACAUUUCGCACAUGUUCACCGAGCUGGAGGAGUUCCGGGCGUUUGAAUUGUUGCGCAGUGGUCUCGAUCGCUCGAAGUAUCUGCUGGUGAAGGAGGCGAAAAUCAUUGCCAUGACGUGCACACACGCCGCCCUCAAGCGGAAGGAGCUGGUCAAUAUGGGCUUCAAGUACGACAACAUACUGAUGGAGGAAUCGGCUCAAAUUUUGGAGAUCGAAACAUUCAUUCCGCUGCUGUUGCAGAACCCAUCGGAUGGCUACAAUCGGUUGAAGCGUUGGAUUAUGAUCGGAGACCACCACCAGCUGCCGCCGGUCAUCAAGAAUAUGGCGUUUCAGAAGUACUCCAACAUGGAACAGUCACUGUUCACGCGUCUGGUGCGCCUGGGUGUACCGACAAUCGACCUGGAUGGACAGGGACGUGCGCGGUCCAGUAUCUGCGAGCUGUACAAGUGGCGCUACGGGAAGCUGGGCGAUCUGGACCACGUGCACCGCUGGGAGGAGUACUGCCGGGGCAAUGCCGGGUUCGGGUUCGAGUAUCAGCUGAUCAACGUGGAGGACUUUAACGGGGUGGGCGAAACGGAACCGAAUCCGUACUUUUACCAAAACCUGGCCGAAGCCGAGUACGUGGUGGCGGUGUUUAUGUACAUGCGCCUGCUCGGGUACCCGGCCGAUAAGGUCUCGAUCCUGACGACGUACAACGGACAGAAGCACCUCAUACGGGACGUCAUCGAGUCUCGCUGCGCCAGCAAUCCGAUGUUUGGCAAACCGCACAAAGUGACGACGGUGGACAAGUAUCAGGGUCAGCAGAACGACUACAUUCUGUUGUCACUCGUACGCACCAAAACUAUCGGUCACAUCCGGGACGUACGGCGGUUGGUGGUCGCGAUGAGUCGUGCCCGGCUGGGGUUGUACAUUUUUGGACGCGUUGCCCUGUUCAAAAACUGUGUCGAACUGCAACCAGCCUUCCGGUUACUCAUGAAUCGGCCACUGCACUUGGAGCUACUACCGAACGAGACGUAUCCCACUGCCGGCCAACCAGAAACGGAACCCACGGCGCCGGAAGCAACCCCCGAAAAGGUGACCAUCAAAGACAUGACCGAGAUGGCACAGUUCGUGUACAAGUUCUACAUGCGCAAGGUGAACGUCAUUCGCGAUGAAAUGGAAAAAAUGAAGGAACUCUACGAAAAGCAGCGCCAGGAGCAGGAGGAAAAGCUGAACGAGCAGAUCAAGCAGGCGGACGCCGAAGCCGAAGAGGCCAGAAAACAGAAGCAGCUUAAGGCAGAAACGGAGAAGAAGCAAGUGGCACCGACACCGAUCCAAAAUGAACUUCCGGAUGACGGAGAACCGAACGCGGAAACGGAAGUCAGUGAACGUCCGCGACGUGGAAAGAAAAGACCAGCCGCUUCCGUGGAGGAGGAAGCUGAGGUUGCUGAACAGCAGAAAGAAGGUGAAGCCGUUGCGGAGGAAGUUAGUACUCCAGAGAACCUGUCUGAAGAGCAUUCAGAACAACCCGCAACAGAAGAGGAGAAAGAGGAAUAA